AUGGAGUGCAUCCCUCAAAGCGCAGACUGCACUUCAGAGGUCCUUACCAAGGUCAAAUCGUUUCUCAAGGUGAGUGAAGCUAUUCAGCUCGGCGUCAAGUGCGGCCAGAAACUCUUCACUGCCACGAGCUCCCUUCAGUUGCUGAGCUUAGUGAAUCAGUCGGACCUUGUUGUCAAUGAACUACCUGCUGCCGUCUGCACAUGCCUGAACAUCCCUGAUGGUACAGCGUUGCUGAACCCAAGUAACUUUUUGGCAUUUAUCAAAGAUCUCGGAGUCGACGAUUCCGUCCAAAAACUCGACCAGGACAGUUUGACUCAGCUUCAAGAUGUCCUCACGUCGGGUGCUACAUGCGGCACAAAACUGCAAACCAUCAUCCACAAGGUGACACAGUUCGUCAUCGACGCCAAAAGCGGGAACCCAGCUACCACUAUUAGCGCCAUUCGUCAGGCUCUCAGCGUCUCCGAGCUGUUCCUAAGUGACAUCCCCGCUGUGACCAACAACUGUGUCCGGAACCUUACAGACGAUGCAUUUAGUACUCGUGACAGCCUACGAACCGUUGUGAGCACAAUUACAGAUGGUCUUGUGGAAGGCUCGGUGGACGACGAUGGCAAGUCGAUCUCGACGGUGGAUUACCUAGCUAAGGUGGCUGACAUGGGAUUGGAUGUCAUUGCCAUGUUUGAUCCGACGGGGAUCGCUGAAAUGAUGUCUACGUUCAUCCAGCCAAUCUGCGGGCCCACGGCGUUCAUGGGCGAGAUCGACGACGGCUCGUUGGAUGACGCACUAGCACUCACGACAGACGGCUAUGUAUUCAAGGCUUUGACUCGAAAGACGUGA